AUGGCGACGCCAACACUCUCCGUGUCGGACCAGAUCCGCCAGCUCGACGACGCCCGGAAACUCGUUCUGGGCGACGUCAAGUACUACCCCAGCGUAGUCAAGGGCAUUCUUCCCAUCAUUGGGCCGAGUGCGCCCCUCGAGCUGCGACGAUGGGGUGCCGAAUUCCUCGCCGAAGCGUUUGCGACGCCCGCGCUGCCCAACGGGGAGAAGGAGACGAUGCAGCCCUACGUGUUGACGACGCUGGAGUCGAUGAUCGCGAAUGAUCGCGAGGAUCCCCAAGUGCUGCGAAGCGUGAUUCAGACUGCCGCCAGCAUCUAUCCGUUAGCGAUGAGGUGGAUCAUCAACAACGGUUACGAUACGAUUACCUGGGAACGAAUGGUGGCGAUCAAGCAAAAAAUCUUAAGGAUAUGGGACAAUGCGGUUCCUUCUGUGAGAAUAUGCUGUAUCAAGUUUGCGCAGCGGGUAGUUUUGGCACAGAGCGUUGCUACUGGUGCCGAGUUGAGGUACGGUGGUACCCUGGAUGUUUCUUUGGACAAGGUUCCCCCGAACCAUCAGUCCCUGGAUCAGAGGACACUGGAGGCCGAAGCAACAGGUCUAUUGGAUCGCAUGUUGACUGUCUUGCAAGAGAGCAGCGACGCCUUGGUUGUUGAUGCGACCCUCAACUGCCUUUCCAUUCUCAUUCGAACGCGCCCAACAACCUCGAACCGGAUUCUCAACGCCAUCCUUAACUUUAACCCCCUCAAGCUCGCCAACUCUCCUCUGACCCCUAAGAACCGAGUGAUGAUCAAAUCCAUGGAAAAGACGAGCCGUUUGUUGCUGAUUCACCUCACCAAGAGAGACCCUCAUAACCCAAUGGUCCCUAGGAUCCAGCAGUACGUGGAGCGCAUGAUGCGCACCAUGUCUGAUAUCUUCGAUGGGUCAAGGAAACGUCCGAUGGAGAUGCGAAAUCACGAUGUGUAUGAUGCCAAGCGACAACGCCUUACCCCUGCUCAAAUCCAGAUCCCCCCGUUGGCCCCUGGCACACACAGUCUUGCUGAGGUCUUUACCUUGAUUGGCAAUGAUGCACUGAGGACCUUUGACAUAUCACAAGUCCCCGCUCCUAUGGUGGCCAAGAUAGCUGUCACAACCCUCUCCAGGCUAGACCCGCAGGUGUUGAUCAAGGCCGUGGACGGUAUCCGUGGUCGCUUAGAUGUGCUUUCCAGCGCCCCAGCCCCCGAGUUGAACCCCAACACUGCCCCUCUUGGUGUAGAUGAGGAUGAUGACGACUACGAGCCUGAUUUCUACCAAGCCGAGGAUACGGAGCAGAUCCUCAACAAAUUAGAUAGCUCCCCGAUGGUUGAUGAACCCGGGUUGGAGGGCGGUCUGGCCUUGAAAUCGUUCCAUCUUGCCCAGCCGCAGACCCUAACACCAGAGACGGCACUUACUGCAGGCAACGGAACAGUGACGCGUGUGGUCGAGAUGAUGAAGUCGCUCGAGGACCCAGCAACCAAGAAAUACAAGGCCGGCUUCAGCAGGUUGGCCGCCAGCUCUGGCACCCGGGACUCGUGGAUGACCAUUUUGGCCAGACUAGCGACACGCUCGUCGGCUGGUCUCGAGGAUAUUUCCGUGAAAGGCGAGGACGACCCAUCGGUGUCGCAAUCACUCAGCAACAACAUUCGUGACGUACUAUACAGUUACGUUAUGGAGGACUUCCGAAGGCACAUUGACGUGGCCGUGUCGUGGCUCUGCGAAGAGUGGUACAACGACAAACUACAACAAAAAUCCGAGGGUGACAGACCGCUACAUUACGAAAAAUGCUGUUUGCGACUCAUCGACGGCUUCCUACCGUACCUGCACCCGCAAGAUAAGGUGCUGACACGCUUCCUGAGCGAGAUCCCCGAGCUCAACAAGACGAUUCUCUCGCGGGUGAAGCACAUGUGUCGCGACCCGAGCGUUGUGCAGCUGGCCCUGACGAGCUUGCUGUACCAGGUCAUGAUGCGGCCGCCCGUCAAGGAGAUUGCAUUGGAUACUGUGCAAGAUAUCUGGACCGACUUCGAGGAUGCGAGACCAAUGGCUGCAAAGUAUCUCUCAAAGUACCGCCCAGGUUUUAUCGAGGCCGCCCGUGAGACCAACGGUGACAACCCGGGGCCAGCUGCAGCACCAGCCAUCGCGGCAUAA